AUGAUCAGCACCACUCAGCGCUCUGGCGACGCUCGCUGCAACUCUCAUGUUCGCUGUACGGGUAGCAUUUCUCCCAUUCCGAUGUCAUGCGUCACUACUCCUCAAUUCUCGUUCGUUCGUGUAGCUGCCCUACUGCCGCCGUGUGCAGUGCUGCGACGAGACGGAACACGUCACUGUUUCAACGUUUUAAUGUCUUCCUACGCCAUUCAUCCGAUCACUGCCUUGCUUUUCUGUCCGUGGCGGCGUCGGCCGGCGGUUCGCGCUGCCGCCGUCCCUAGAUGGUCGUCGCAGUACGGGUGGGAUGGGGUGAGGGGGGCGCAAAUCGAGUCGAUUCGCUUCGCCCUCGCCCCUCCUCGCCGGCUGCUGCUCUCUCACCGCUGGCGUUGUUUUGACGACCCUCCGCCGCCGCCGCCGCCGCUGCUGCUGACCGGCCCACCACCGACCGAUGGAUGGAUGCCAGGUGUUAGCUAG